AUGCGCCACCAUCACGCUCACUCUGGUUCGGCCAUCCGCCUCGUUGGCCAACAUCGUCGGGCCAUCCGAUGCUCACUCAGCGUGGCUCAGUUCGAAUCGCAGGCGCAAGCACCGCCUUGGCACGACGCCUGUCUCGUCGCCACAGGCGCGACCAGCCUCGAGGCCAGCUCGAGUCGGGCACGCCGCGAGUCUCGCGCAAGCAACGCUGCGCUGCCUACGACAAGGCUUGCGACAUGCCCGGGCUCGGCGGUGCUCAGCGAAAGACCGCCGCCGUCGACAUCCUCCCGCGCGACCGAUCCUUUAAAAGAGGUGGCCUCGCUCGAGGGUCCCUCUCGACGCUCUUCUCCCUUCGCCAUCGCUCUUCGCGACCUCGCCCCUCCCCUGCCCCCUCCUCGCCCGUACCAUUCUGCGGUCGACGAAGCUCGGCGUCCGAACCAUUCUGCGCUCGACCUUAGUCGACGUCAGCGCGCUCCCGCCGCGCCAGCGCCAUUCUCCGCUCAAUACGCCGUCGACACCGUUCGCUCCGUCGACACCGUUCUUCGCUCUCGCCGCAUCAACGCCAUUCCGCGCUCAUCCGCCGUCAGUCCGUUCUUCGCACGCGACGCUCACCCGCCGUCAGAACGGUCUUGCGCUCACGACGAUCCACCCCGUCAGAAUCGUUCUGCGCUCUCGGCCAUCUACCCCGUCAACGCCACUCUACGCUCGCAUCCUCGACAGCGCCUCUCUGCGCUCGCCUCUCCAAACUCGACAGCGCCACUCUGCGCUCGACCUUCGCCAACGCCAUUCUGCGCUCACGACGCUCACCCUCGUCAGAGCCGUUCUGCACUCUCGCUGCAUCAACGCGAUUCUGCGCUCGGUCCCGUGUCAGAACCGUUCUGCGCUAACGGCGCUCCUCCUCCGUCAGAGCCGUUCUGCGCUCACGACACUCUCACCCGUCAGAGCCGUUCUGCUCCCUCGUUGCACCAACGCCCUUCUGCGCUGAUCCCCACCCGACCGUCUCCCACCGCAUCGCUCACGCUCCCGCCAUGCCGAACUACCGAGCUCCGGUGGAGCAGACCGACUUUGACGCCGCCGCGGGAAGGGCAGUCGAGCGCGGCAACCUCAGCGGCCUUGCGCCUGGAAUCGAGAAGUACAACGAACGUUGCGCUCAACGCCUCCGCGAGUAUGGCCAGUGCUGGCUCGACUAUGCCAGACGGAGCGAUGAUUCGCUGCAACUUCGUCGAGUCCGACGCCGAGGUGGACGACUGGUUCUGGGCGACCAUCGUCGAGCUCCUGUGUUCCGCCCAAGAGGGCGAUCGCAGCAGGGCGGGCGCACAGACCGAGCUCGACGGACUGAUGGCCGCUUACUGCCGCGCCAAGCCGAACGCAGAAAUCUCGCCACAGCGCCGAAAGAAGUUCACGAUCUUGAUCGACACUCACCCGCAGAUUCUGCCGCCGAAGGGAUUCUGCGCGAACUGGGCGGACAUCGAACGAAUCAUCAAAGCUGGCGUCUUCGGCGACUACAUGCACGGCAAGUGGAAAUGCGCGAGGGAGCGGGUCCAGAUGGCGGCCCUCAUCCUUCUCCUCUUCGCCACUUCCUGCCGCCCGGGCGAGCUCGUCGUUGCUGGCGAGCACGACUCGUCGCAGUGCGCCAAGUGGAGCGACUGCAAGUUCGUGCUUCACAAGCCGGCUUUGCCGGCUGACCCCGUCGGUCUCAGCGUCGAGGUCACGAUUCGCCUGCUCAAGGGCAGGCGCAACGAUGCGACCCAGACGAAGCGUAUCCCUGUGGUGUCGGACCAUUCCUCGGCGCCCGCCCUCGACCCGACGCUUUACCUUUUUUGGAUGGCGAUCCAGGACGGCGUCUUUGAACGAGACUUUAAACUCGAGGACCUCGCCACCGCCGAUCUCUCUCGGCUCCCGGCGAACCGGACGACGUGGGAGCUGCGCACGAAUAAGGACGCCCUUGACAAGCCGAUCUUUCCGGCUUUCAAGUCGGUCUCGAAGCUCGCCUACGAAGCCGACUCGACUCGCGGCUGGACGGAAAAGGACGCCAACAAUCGUCUGUCUGCGUUUUGCGGUCCAGCUGGCCUUCCCGAUUUCACACUCUGCGAUGUGCGACACUUUUGCGCCAACGCUCUCAACGACCCCUUCGUGACAGACUCGGACUGGCUCCGCACGUGCGAGCACGAGGCCGGUCACCGAGUCUUCGUCGACGACUGUCAGCUCGAUCGCCUGGAGAUCGACGUGCUCGCACUCCUGCGCCGACAUUAUCAACGCUACGAGCUCAUCCGCGGCAGAGGCGUGCCCAAGACGCCCGACACGGACCUCAUCCGUCCAGACGAGCUCAACAUUGUCGACCAGGACGAAGCCGUGCUGAACGCGAUGGCUAGGGUCGCCGAGCUCAAGGACCGGCUUGUUCGCGAGACCGGUUCGUGCUACAGACGUCCCGCCGGGGAUCCGCUCUACGACGAGUAUUGUUCGGCUCAAAUGCAAACGCAGAGGGCUCGUGUCGCCGUCCGGGACCGCAUCCGAGCCGAGCGCGCGUCUGUCCUCGCAGAAGCCUUCGGCAUUGACGACAGCGACGACGACGACGAGGGCACGAAGCCCGACGUUCGAAAGCGCAAGCUUCGGCAGGAGUCCGCCGGACUGAGGUCUUCUCGCAUCGACUCGCCGUUCUGCGCUCCAAUCCUCUUUCGUGCCGCUCUGCAUUUGGCUCGCGCCGUCAAAGUCUACACACUCAACGACAUCCGCUUCCGCCUCAUCGCGGCUGCUAUCACGGCGCUCAUCAAAUUUUCCGCGAUCCGGGGUGUGACAGAUGAAGGCCGGCGACAGAUCUUGUUCCCCAGCAUCCGCUUAUCUCUGCACCACCAAUGCAAUCUUCUCCGGUCGAAGGUGCAAGGUAUCUUCGGCUGCUUAUCGUCGUCGUAUGACACCAUCUUCAACAUGAAGUUCACGCAGCCCAUCGUCAUUCUCGCCUCGCUGGCCUUCGCCGCCACUGCGCUUUGCGCACCCAUCUCCUCGGAAGCCACCCUCGCUCGACGAAGCGCCGAGAAGCCGAACCUGAUCGAUUCCAUCGGUGCUGCGGCCGAAGAUCUCGGUCUUCGUCGCGACAUCGUCCAAGAGCUCAGUGCAGCCGCAGAAGACCUCGGACUGCGCAGGAAUGUGAUCGACGAAGCAAACCAGGCGCUGGAGGACCUCGGACUGCGACGUCGUAAUGUGAUCGACGAGUUGAACAAGGCGCUGGAGGACCUGGGUCUCUAA